AUGUUGGAUGUCAUAACUGAUCGACCCUUCAUUCCUUCAACCAUAAAUGUAAUGACAAAUGAAAUGAUUCCCAAGCCAAGGCCUGAAUGGAAUGAAGUUGAAACCAAAAAGGUUCAGACAAAUUUCAAGGCAAUAAACACUUUGCAUUGUGCCUUAACUCCCACUGAGCUCAACAAAGUAUCAAGGUGUACCACAGCUAAAAAAGUAUGGGAGAAACUUAGGAUUAUUCAUGAAGGGACUUCUCAAGUUAAAGAGUCCAAAAUAGCCCUCAUAACACACAACUAUGAAAUGUUUAAAAUGAAAUCUGGUGAAGACAUCACCAGCAUGCUUGAUAG